GAAAAUUACAGGCUAUGGAAAUAAGGACUGAGGCCGGAACACGGUGCGUGUUCACCCGCGACGAACCGCCGGUUUGAGCUGAAACCAAACAUGCUGGUGGGAAGCAGUUCAUCUGCAGCUCCACAAGACACAAGCUCAAAGACUUGAAAACCAAAAUGUCCAACAACGCGUCGGGCGGAUACUUCAACCUGAUGUACAGCUGUGAUUCUUAUAAAACUGCAGAGUUAUUCUCCACAGUCUUCAUGAUCGUCCGGUUUCUGUGUGUCGUUCCGGUCUCCAUCGUCGUCCUCUGCUUGGGUUUCCGACGGCGCUCCACUAAAACCAGCCACUCUGAUCUGUUCACCUACAACUCUGCCGCCUUGCAACUCAUCUUUGGACUUGCAGCUGUUUUGUACCUCUGUGGCCAAUACGCUCACAUCUUUAGUGUUUUUAUUUUGGGGGUUUAUGCAGCCAGCAUUGCUUUUCCUGGAGAAAUUGUUUUUCACAUCUUGACAUGCGUGGAUCGCUAUCUGGCCGUUGUUCAUCCCAUCACCUACAGGGGGCUGACUCAGUCCGAUGGGAUCCGGAUCAGGAACAUCAGCAUCGUCUGUGGUUGGCUGAUCUCUUUCGGAUGGCUUGGGAUAAUCGCUGUUGUUUUCCCUGAGAUGCCUUAUGUUGCAUAUUUCUGCUUCUUUGCUACCUCAAUAAUAAGCAUUUCUUUCUGCAGCGUCUCUGUUCUUUAUGUUCUGAUUCAUCCAGGACCGGGUCAAACUGGCAGGAAAAAAGAGAAGGCAGAUAAAGCAAAGAGGAAAGCUUUCCAUACCAUCAUGGCCAUCCUUGCAGCGCUCCUCGUGUAUUUUGUGGCCUGCAUUGUUGUUCUUGCUGUGAAAAACCUAAAUCUGCUCAUUGAUGAGAAAUCAUGUCUGAUUCUAACGUCUGCACAGUGGUGUGGUAUUCCAUGCAACGUAGCUUUACCUCUGUUGUUUCUACGCAAAGCAAAGAAGCUUUAGUCCCAACCUGCUAAUUAGUAACUAACUAACUAACUUAGCAAAGCAUUUGCUGAAUGGAUCCUUUGGAAACACAAAUCCUGUGGAGAAAAAAAAAACACGUGUAACUCAAACUUUUUCUCUGUGACUUUUUUUCUAAGGUCUCAUGAAAUUGAUACAAAUUGUGUUUAAGAAUCCAAGUAAUCCAAACAAACACCAAGUCCAGAAAUAAUUUAACCACAAAUUAUAAGUAUUUAUAAAGUGAAAUAACUCAGGGAAAUGGGAACAGGAAACGUUUUCUGCUUUUUGUGUUGAGAACACAGAUGGCAUUGGUUUAGACAUGUUUCUAAAUGUCUGAAUGUUUCAUUUAGCUCAUAAUUUGGAAAUGUAAUUUAAUUUCAGCAUAAGUUGGGUGUGCAGCCUUCUGGUUGUGACUUUACGUUCAGACUUGGGUUAUGCAGCAGCAGAAUAAUCUGGAUUCCUCCACCACGUCCAUUUCUGAAUGACUUUAAAGUAAAAACAAUCUAAACUUUUACUUGUGUCCAAGUGAAAUGUUGGGCCAUGACCUAAAUUAAUCCAUUC